AUGUAUACGGACCGGAAGGUCUGGGAUUUAGAGUUUGCUGCUGGUGAUCACGUUCUAUUGAAGAUUUCACCCAUGAAGGGUGUCAUAAGAUUUGGGAAGAGAGGUAAGUUAAGUCCGAGGUAUAUUAGGCCAUUUGAGAUUCUUGACCGUGUGGGGGAUGUUGCUUAUCAGCUGGUCUUGCAGCCGGGCUUGGCAAGUGCUCAUCCAGUUUUCCAUGUGUCUAUGCUGAAGAAGUAUCAUGCCGAUAGCCCUUAUAUUGUUCGUUGGGACUCGAUAAGAGAUGGAAAGGCAGUGGUGAGAUGGACAGAAGAGGAAGUUUCACGUAUGAACUUGAUAGAAGAACUCAACUAUGCUGUAGUAGGGAAGUUUUCUCAUGGUUGGCCUGAUUUGGAAGAACUUCGUGUGCUGGAAGAUUUUAUUACAAUGACAUCUAAGGGUGUUCAUUAUAUUAAUUCAAAAGAUGGAUAUUAUUAUCCUAUGAGACUACUGAUUUAUGAUCCUAAGUUCAGAAUUGAUGAGGAGACAACAAUGGCUAUGGCAUGGAUCUUUUUCCCUCAUGUCUUACCUACCUUUUUUGACAAAGAAGCCUUGUUUUCAUUGGCCUCAGCAGUUGGUAUGCCUUUACAAUUAGAUUUGGCUAUAAUCAACAAAACCAGGCCUAGUUGUGCUAGGGUCAAGGUGUUAGUUGAUUUGGUAGCAGAUCUGCCUAAUUCUGUUAGGAAGGAAAUUAUUGAUGAAAAGUCUAGUGAAGUAAGAUUUGUUGAUGUGAUUAUUCUUUAUGAUGUUCUUCCCAACUAUUGUAAGAAGUGUAAAUUACAAGGCCAUAAUGAAGAGACUUGUAGAACUCUUAAUCCAGAAUUAAGGAAGAAAUUUGAAGAGUUAGAUGGUAAAGAUGAAGGCAAAGAAGCAGAUCAAGGAGAAGGAAAAGGGAAAGUAGAUGAAGAAGUGAAGCACAAACGAAAUGAGUGGAACAAAAUGAAGACUCCUAGAUUUAUACCAGCAGAUGAGAAUGCAGAAAUAGAAGUGGAGGAUGUUCAUGAAGAAGAUCUAGAACCACUUGACAAGAAUCAGGAGAAUCAGGAUCAAGUCAACUCUGAGCUGUUAAAAAAUGACAUAGUUGGGGUGUAUCAGGUGGCAGGUUUAGCAAGGUGUGAAGUGAAUGACAAUGUAUCUGAUGUUCAAAACCAAGAGGAAGACAAGGCUUCAGUUGAGAAAAUCACUGAGCCUAUUUUCAAUAUGGAGGAGUUUCCAUCAGAGGAAGUUAGCAAAGAUGGAGACAGAUUUGAUGAAGAUUUACAAGGAGUAUUGGAGGAAGGAGAAGUGAUUGUUGAUAAAGAUAGAGUUCAACCAAAUGAUCAUGAGGUGGUAAAAUGGUAUCCUCUAAAGCCUCCUGAUGAUCAAAUUAUUGAGAUUGAUAAGUUAGAUACUCAAAGUAUGGAAGACAAGGGUAGCAGUUCAAGUGAAUCAUGGUUGAAAAAGGGUUCUCCUAUGAGGCAUUUGCAUGAUCUGGUUUCGCACAAUAUAUUAGAUGAGGAGAGGAGCCUAUUAUCAGAUGACAAUGCCAAUGUAGAUGUGCAAGUUUUGCCAGAUACAGCUCAGCAAAUCUCUUUAAAAUUAGUGCUUCUUGCUCAGAAUAAAUCUUUGGUUAUUACUUUAGUUUAUGCUAAAUGUAAUAAAUCAGAGAGGUUGCACUUAUGGGGUGACAUUUAUCAGGUGGCAGACUCUAUUAAUCUUCCAUGGCUUGUUGGAGGGGAUUUUAAUGUAGUUUUACAUGAAGAUGAGAAGAUAGGUGGGAUUCCAAUCCAACCUCAAGACUAUGAAGAUUUUGCUUUCUGUGUAAAUUCCUGUGAAUUGACGGAAACCAGUUUCAAAGGCACUAUUUUACUUGGUGGAAUGGUAGAGGAGAAAUUGAAGCAUACAAAGAGGAUUCUGUCUACAUGGAGCAAAGAAGUGUAUGGAGAUAUUUUCAAGCAAGUGAUCAUUAGAGAAGAAAUUGUGAGGAUCAAAGAAGAAAUUUUUGAAGGAGAAGCUUUGCCUUUGAACAGAAUGGUACUACAACAAGCACAGGCUGAACUAAAGAAGUAUUUGCAUUUUGAAGAAGAAUUCUGGAGGCAGAAGGCUAAUGUUACUUUGUUUGCUGAAGGGGAUAGAAAUACUAGAUUUUUCCAUAAUCUGUUUUCUCAGGAGCAAGAAGCUACAGAUUUUAGCUUACUUAACCAUGUUCCUUCCUUGGUGUCUGAGGAAGAUAAUGAAUUAUUAGUUGUUCCUAAUGCUGAUGAAGUCAAACAAGCAGUUUUUGCUUUGAAUCGGGAUAGUGCUUGUGGUCCUGAUGGAUUAAAAGGCACUUUUUUUUAUGCUUGUUGGCAUAUUGUUGGUCCAGAUGUGCUUAAUAUGGUUAAAGCCUUUCAUGAAGGUCACACUCUUCCUAAAUCCAUCACUCAUACAAAUUUGGUUCUUUUACCAAAAAAGCAAGAUGUUCAAACUUAUGCAGACAUAAGGCCAAUGAGCUUGAGUAACUUUAUCAAUAAAGUUAUAUCAAGAGUGGUUCAUGGUAGAUUGGAGGGCAUUUUGCCAAGGUUUGUUUCACCAAAUCAAUCUGGUUUUAUGAAGGGGAGAAGUAUUAUUGAGAAUGUUCUUCUAACUCAGGAAAUAGUCAUAGAUAUAUGGAAGAUAGGAAAACCAACAAAUGUAAUCAUCAAGUUGGAUAUGGCAAAGGCCUAUGAUAGGGUGUCUUGGUUGUUUUUUAUCAGAAUUCUUCACAAGAUUGGCUUUUCAGAAGGUUUUGUGGAUAUGAUUUGGAGACCUAUGGCUAACAAUUGGUAUUCUGUGAUGAUCAAUGGGCAGCCACAAGGAUUUUUUCAUUCAACAAGAGGGGUCAAACAAGGUGACCCUCUAUCUCCAUCACUAUUUAUACUGUCUGCAGAAGUUUUACAAGGGCCUUGA